CCAUUCAAUUUGCAGACGACUAGCCACAGGGUGGAGGGUGACAGUGCUUGAGGCCAAGAUUCAGUUUUUAGUAAGAUGAGAGAGUUGAAUCCAUGUUGUGUCAUGCAUACCAACGAUAAGGAGUGAUAAACCGAAAACUAAUUAAUAAAAAAGUCUUUCCACGAUCGAGGGUCUCAUCUGUGGUUGUUGACGGGAGAUCGAUGAGAUUGGCUGGUAGAAAGUUGUGGAAAGUAGUGAAUUUUAUAUUGAGAAGUUGGUGAGCUGGCGAAAAGUGCUUGCAAACUUUCUCAGGCUUAUUCUCGAUUUUGGUAGCGAAUCACCAACGUGUGGAAGGACCCACCAAAUCCAGAAGUCAGGGAAAACAAGGGUAGCCAGCCUGGGGAAUGUGAGCUACCAUGCACACUCUACCGUGACCAGAGAGAAAGCCCUACCGUUAGUGGCAGACAUCAUAAUAGCAGAGAUGCUGCAUCCAACAGUUCCACCCUUUCUCGAGGGGGCAAGUGAGAUCUUGUCUGUCUCCCUGAGGUGCUGUGGAUACGCUCCAGAGUCCUCAACAAUAGUACAGUGACCGCAGGUCAUGCGGCAAAGGCCAAACCGACCGCUCACAUCAAGACACGGAACAAUGGCCCCCGUGUUGUCCCUCUUUGACUCAAUUAGUGGGUGAUUCCUCGUUGAAUGACAGCCAACCACUUGUCGUACACGCUCUAAUGUCCCUGGCACACGACUGGAUCAGCUUGCCAAACGGCUUUGUCCGUGUUUGGGACAGGUCCAGACAGAUAUUGUUGACUGUGUCCCCAUCUAAAGCCAAACACACUCCAAAUAGAAAACACAAAUUGUCCAAAAUAGUCAGACACCAUUGUGCCCGCCAAAACCGUCGAAACCUGGAUGCCCUUUAAGCGCCCUCUUUUGUUUUCCCCACCGAUAUAAGUUUCCCACCCGGGGUCAGAAGUGGUACUUUCCAAGAUCUUCGUCCUCAGACAACAUUGCUCAAAUCUCCAAGUCCUACCAACAGCGUUUUUCACAAAGUGAAUUUUGGAGUGGCCACUUAAGUUAAUUCGAACUGCAUACCAUUUUCCCCUCGAGACACUUGACCGAAGCUCCGGAAGAUAUCAAGAAUGGCCAAGAACUUGACCAGCUUCGGUGGGGGUGUUGGCUUCACUGGACCCCACCGUUCCGUCAUCGUCUGCUCGCUGUUCGCCGUGUUAACUUCGUGUCACGCCUUCGAUGCCCUGUUCCUGAACAAUCCGGCUGCCGUAGGGACGCUCUACGACCGACGGGAGAAGCGAGACGCCCCAAUGCCUAGGCUCCGAGACUUCGAAGGCGAGUUGGACUUUCUUACCUCCUUCGAACUCCAACACGGCGUGGACUUUGCUGCCAACCACACCACGCCCAAGUACAUGUUGGACCUGUACAGUUCCAUAGAGACAGGGCAAAAUCUGGUGCAUCCCUCGAUGGAAGAGAAACGGGCCAUCACUGAGUCAGACACCGUACGAGGUUUCGCUGCAACUGUCGUUGAAUCCAACAGCACAUCCAGAGCUGACUUUACCAAGGUGUGGGUCGCUAAAUUCCGGGUCACCUCCAUCUCAGAGCUGGUGGAACGAGUCCGUCUGGCCGAGCUUCGAAUCCUGCUGAACCGUUCCUGGCGCGAGUUCACCAUUCAAGUCGCUGUCCACCACUGGGCACCCACCCCCUGCCCGCACGACCCCACCCUCUUCGAAUGCCUCAAGAAGCAGUUGCUGAUCUCUGGCCUGAUCCCGUCGCACCGCCAUGACGACUACGACGGGCGAGAAGUGUUCGAUGUCACCGAGGGACUGCGACACUGGUUUACCGAGAGCCCGACCUGGCGAGGCGAGUACGAACUGGAGAUACGCACCGUGCACAGCGUCCAGAACCCCGAGGACUUGGCUGUUGAAGACUCGCAUGAGGAGUCUUCUUCGUAUUCAUCCUUGUCCUCAUCUGUAGAAGAAGAACCAACGCUGGAUCAGACUGCUUCCAGUUCCAUUGCUCUUGAGGACGUGGUGCUGGUGGUGUUCUCCCGAGCUGUGCAACCCGUCAGCAUCACCCACGACGCAGCCGGCUCUGUCAAAGUCCGCACUCCCCGGUCCCCGAGGUCACCCCGCAAAAAGAAGUACAAGAAGCCCACCUCGAGCGCCAGAGCAGAGCAGGAACGCCUCAUUCAAGAGAAACUCCUCCGUGAACUCUUUGCAAGUAAGCAUGAGACAGGACCCUGCCGUCGAGUGCCUAUGGACGUGGAUUUCUAUAACAGCGACUGGGGACGCUGGAUCGUCUACCCGAAGCGCUUCAACGCCUAUCGCUGUGCCGGGCGGUGUUCCGGACCUUUGGGUUCCAAAGACAAUCCCAGCAACCACGCCAUUAUGCAAAACAUGGUACGUGCUAGCCGGCCAGACCGGGCGCCAGAGCCUUGCUGUAUACCCACCAAGCUGUCUCCGUUGAGCAUGAUUUACCUGGAAAACGGGAACAUCAUUAUGAAACACCAUGAGGACAUGAUAGUAGAGGAGUGUGGUUGCAGAUGAACUCGGACUUUAGAAGAUCUUUUUGAACUUUUAGAUGUUCUUUCAUCUGAUAGUGAGAAAAAUGCGUUGCUAAUGAUCUGAGACUUUACCUGAUCUUGUCAAUCUUUAAUCGACGAAUGAUUUUAAGCUAUUAAAAGAACUUAAAACCAAAACUCUUCUUCACAAAAGCUUACCUCAUAAAAUGCUUUUAUCUUUUUAAGUAACAUUUGCAUGAAUUUAAAUUGACUAUGUUGUAAUAAACAUCAUUUGUGUCUAUUUACAUUUACACGAAAAAUAUCCAACCUUUUUAAAGAAUUUCCUUUCAGAAAGGUAAACCUACUCACUCCAAGAAACAGACGAGAGAAAUCUAACAACUUCACAUUUCAAAUUCUUGACUUUGGUGACCACUGUAAUAUUCUUUAUCAAAUCAAAACAUGACGUGGGGUUUAAAUCUCUAAUUGAUUCGUUCAAAUUAUUAAAAAAAGUGAAUAUAACCUGUGGACACAAUUUACCAAUCUUUUAAAACUUCUUUGGAAAAAUUCAGUGAUAGGCUAAUUAAAUUCCAGUAAGCACAAAUACCUGUAUUGGGAA